UUCCUUUACAGGCUUCUCAAGAUCAUGUAUUUAUAAUUCACAGCAACACUGACGGUCGCAUCCAGUCCGUACGCACAGUAUCAGUGUCUUUGCCGAGUUCCGCAGACUGAAGCCGCCGGUCUAACACCGUAACGGAGCUAUGAACACAGGCAGGAAGAGGGGCGAGUCCCAGGCGAGGAAGAUCACACUGAAGAUGGCCAGGAACGCGGUGCGGGUGACCGUGGACGGCCGACGCCGCCUGGACCUGAGCAACAUGCAGAUGGCCGAGUUCCCCCGGUGCCUGCUGAGGCUGGUGGAUGUAGAGGAGCUGGACCUGAGCAGGAACCGGCUGCAGAAGCUGCCCGAAUACAUUGAGCGGUUCCACAACCUCCGCUGGCUGGACCUGCACAGUAACCGGCUGGCGGAGAUCCCGGCAGGCAUCGGGCAGCUGCGGGAGCUCCUCUACCUCAAUCUGUGCAACAAUCAGCUGUGCAGCGGCGGGCUGCCUGAGGAGCUGGGCCAGCUGGACCGCCUGCGCAGCCUCAACCUGGGCAUGAACCGGCUGGAAAGUCUGCCAUACUCCAUGGCGACUCUCAGGGAACUGCGCGAGCUGGGUCUCUUCGACAACCAGCUGACGCAGGUGCCCGACUGCCUACGCCGGCUGCCGCACCUGCGCAAGCUGAACGUCUGCCGCAACCCCAUGCGCAGUCCGGACGACGACAGCGGCCGGGACCCCAUCCGACGGGUGGAGUGUUUCUACCUGGUGGACGGGGACGGCCUGUGCGAGACCUGCACGCGGAAAUGCCGAGAGAAGCUUGGGAGACUAGACCAGCUCCGGUCGGGUGUCGGCCACGCCCACAGCAGUUCUGCUUGGCUACUCACGCCGAACUCUGUGGCGAAGGAAGUCCAGGCGCUGCGGAGAUGACCGCCGUCAGCCUGACACGCACGUGUAAAUUUUUAACCUGCGAUGUAACGGGAGAAACGGAGUGAGUGGAGUCAGAGUCACGCUCGCCGAAUUCCAGCACGGAGAUCUAACUUUACCGCAGUCGCUGUAGAAACUGACCAGUGAAGCCGCCGCUCUAUAAGGUCCCAAGAAUGUGGAAAUCAGGAAUAUCCAUAAGGCGACAGGCUUCACCAUACUGCCUUCGUGAUGUAAAUAUUUACUGUGACAAUAAUUAAAGAA